CUCUUUUCUGCCUUACUCGUCACAGCCAUGGCAGAUUUCAACACAGACGUUGACAUUCUGUGGGGUAGAGACCAUACAGUGAUCACUAACCAAGGCCAAGAGAUCCGUCUUUCCUUGGACGGCGUCUCGGGCUCAGGCCUUCAAUCUAGACAGCAGUUCUUUUAUGGUAGAUUCGAUAUGAAAAUCAAGCUCGUUCCUGGCAAUUCUGCGGGCACCGUAGCCUCGUUUUACUUGGCUGGAUCAGGAUGGUCGAAGGACGAGAUCGACAUGGAGUUUCUUGGCAAUCUGAGUGGACAGCCUUACACUUUGCAUACCAAUGUCUACACACAGGGGGAAGGGGAAAGAGAGCAGCAGUUCUACCUGUGGUUCGAUCCAACUGUCGAUUUCCAUACCUACUCGAUUUUGUGGACUCCUUUUCGGAUAACGCUGUAUGUAGAUGGGGUACCAAUAAGAAUAUACAAGAACAGGGAGUCUAUGGGGAUACCAUACCCUAACAAGCAAGCCAUGAGGGUGCACUCUAGCAUCUGGAAUGCAGACUGGGCCACACGAGGUGGGCUGAUCAAGGUUGACUGGGCUCAAGCCCCAUUUACAGUUGCAUUCAGAGAUUUGGUCCUGGAUGCGUCUAGUCGGCUCGACCCAGGUGUCCACCUUUCGGCGUCGGACCAGGCGAAGCUAGCUUGGGUGCGGAAGAACUACAUGAUAUACAACUACUGUGCAGAUGCCAAGAGGUUCCCACAGGGUUGGCCUAGAGAGUGCUCGCUUGGGCUCUAUUCAUGA